GGUCUGUGAGUAAAGUUGGUAAUCUGUGGACUGUAACCGCGUCGUGCAUAAUUAUUAUCAAUGUUAUUUUGAUUCCCUCCUUUUCUUUGGGCUUGUAAUAUAUAAGCCAAGUUUAAUAUUUGCAUAGUGUGAGGUCAUAUUUGGCUUGGCAAGAAUAGAUUUUUAGUUCAUUAUUGUCUACAUUCCGAAAUUCAGGAUGCGUAAAGUAUCUAAAAGCAGAACAGAUGAUGAUGUCGUUUCUUCAACGAACGGCUCCGGUUCGCUUGCUAACGACGAUCAACCAGAAGCGGACCAAUCAGGGGAGCAGAAUGAAAGUGAGGAAUCGAAACAAAUUGAUAGUAUCCACGAAGACGACUCCGAACAUAAUACCAGUAGAUCCAGAAGUAAAUCCAGGAAAAAUAAAGGUGGUAAAGAUAAAAAAGACGAAACUGAUGAAGAAAUUGAAACAAAAAAUAACGUUAAUAGUGAUGAGGAUUCAAAAGUGUUCAAAGAAACGAAAAAAAGAACUCCAAAAACUAAGGCCAAAGGCAAAGCUAAAAGAGGAAAAACUGUUACAGAGUCAAAUAAAGAAGAUGAUGAAGAAGAAUAUGAGGUUGAAAGUAUAAUAGAUUCAAAAAGAAUCAAAGGUAAGCUUCACUAUUUGAUACGAUGGAAAGGAUUCAGUGCAGAUAGUGAUUCUUGGGAGCCACAUGACACAUUGUCAUGUCCUGAUAUUGUUAGUAAAUAUAACGAAGAAAAAGAAAAUCCUCUAAAGAAAGGGAAGAGGAAGUCAAAAAAGAAAGAAAGCAAGGUUCCAGCAAAAAGAACCAAAACAAGCUGGGACAGCGAACAUGCAGAUGAAAGUGCUGAGUAUGAAGUGGAGCGCAUAUUAGAAGUCCAUCGCAAGAAGAAUGGCGAACGAGAGUUUCUCAUCCAUUGGAAAGGGUGGUCCAACAAAUUUGACUCUUGGGAACCAGAGAAAAAUUUAAAUUGUCCAGAUUUAAUUAAAAAAUUCAUGGAUAAAGUAAAUGCGGCGCAGUUGAUUGAGGGGCGUAGUCUUCGAGUGGCGCCGGAGACCACUAACAGAUUCACUCUUCAAGCACACUCUACGGGACGUCGUCUCAGCAAGCGUAAGGGGCAAAGGCAACGAGUGCGUUAUGAUGAUGCUGAAUGAGGUGACAGCAAAACAUUCUUAAUGCGAUUUCUAAUAAGAUUUUUUUUGGGAAUGUUUUAAUGUUAAGUAGAUAGAGUAGGUAGUUAAGUAGAUAAGAUGUAUGAGCCGAUUUAUUCUUGAUAUUUAACAUAUAUGAAUAAUUUUUGUGGAUGUUCAUAUCAGUAAAAAAAAUAUUUUCACAAUAAAUCAAUAAAUUACCGAUUACUUCAAAUUGUAUUAAGCAGAACUAAUUAUAUAUUGAUUAAUUAUACAUAGGUUUUUACUGUUCUAUUUAAAUGAUAAAAGGUUUUCCUUUUACUUACGGUGACAAAGGUUUGUAUUCCGAAGUCUCCAAUUGCGCUUUUAAAACAGUAAUAACUAAAACGGUCCCGAAUACCUAAAGUUACAAAAGUGAUUCCAAUCACUUUGAUUGUUGACGGGGCUCAAGAGAUAACUUAUAUACGAGCAAUACAAACCUGAACGCCGUCUCAAUAGAACUUAGUACAAUAAUAUGUAUAGUAUCACGGCAUAAGAUAGGUGAGUAAAUUUUUUAAUUAGUGCCAAGUCCCUCUGUGGCUAAAUAUAUAAUACGCUCAGUUUAAUAUUUGGUCUUGCUUACUCCAAAUGACCUUCAGUUGGAUUGCAAUAUUAAGAGAAAAUUUUCUAUUGUAAGCUUUUUAGCAACCCAUAUGUCGCCGAUUUUUCGGGCCUAACACAUCUGGCCGUUUCCUCACGAUGUUAACAUUCACUCAAAGAGCAAGCGUUGCAUGGAUAUACAAUGAUGAAGGUAUUGGUGCACAGCCGAGAUUUUAAGGAUAUAUGUGACUGAUUUGUAAUGACACUUUGAAAUAUUUUUAUUAUUAUAAGUCACGUAUUUAAUCUGAGUUCGGUUUAGGGGGUGUUAUUUCCGUUUUAUUUUUGUUCUUUACGCCUAUCUUUAGCCCUAGGUCAUAUGCAAUUGAAACAUCUAUAUGUACCUAACAUAGAUUAUAAUAUUGUCUAUAAUUAUAAAAAAAAACAUAAGGAUCCCAAAGUUAUAAGGAAAAACGAUUUUUCGCGUUUAUAUUAAAAUUAUAUAUUUAGGUAAUUAUAAGAAAAAAAUCUCUAUAAUAAUUAGUGUGUGAGAACGAAUUUCGAAUUAUCUUCCAUGUUUAAUUCUUUAUAAAUUUGUGACCUUUUAUGACUUAGUCCUAUGAGUAUAAAACAAUAAAUAUACAUUUAUAUUUAAUUACCAUUUAAUCUGGUAACUGAAUUCUACUGAUAGUUUACGUUCUACUUAAAUCUUGUCGAUUGCACACCUACAAAUACUAUAGAGUUUAAGAUUACAUUUUUAUCACGCAUUACAUUGUAUUGUUUUGUGAAUGAUUGUAACGUAAUAAAUAGUAUAUAGUAAUA